AUGUCAUCAGAGGCGUCCUGUUCGGGUUCUCAAUCUCAAAUUUAUCAUCUACAAAAACGCUGCAAGAACUGUUUCAGUUUGCGUUCAAACCAACAACAGCAACAACAACAACAACAGCAACAACAGCAACAGGAAAUCCCUGGUACUUUGAACACAACAAAGGAACGAAGUCGUGAAAAACGUCGUUCCUGGAGAGAUAAGACAUCAAGCACACAGGAUAACGGUGCUCCGGAACAUGUCAACGAAGAUAUUGACGAAGAUAUCAUUUCGUGUACUUCAUAUAGAUCAAUUAAUUCAAAAGAAAUGUCAAGUGAGAAAUCUGGUGAGAGUGUAUCAGAUACAAAAAGUAUGAUAACAGCAAUUUCUGAAAGUAUACAGGAUGAUGAACGAGCAAUUACUCCUAUGGAAAACGAUUCGAAUUUCGACGCAGCAAUGAUGAAGGCAGAAAUAGAACAUUUAAGAGAAGAAGUAACUAAAUUGAAAGAAGAAAGACAAAAAUGGACUUUGAGAAGAGAAAAGCAUCAAAAUUCAAGCGAUGGAUCGUUGAUUGAAAUGCUGGAAGAACAAUUAACUGAAGCGGAGAAUUGCAUUCAAGAUUAUCGCGAUGAAAAUACUGUUUUAAAAUGUGAGCUUCGUGAGUUGCAGGAAUGCGGAAGUUUGGGUUCGGAUGAUAAUCGUACUAAAGUGAAUGUAAAAUUGGUGGAGAAAUUAAAAGCUUCAGAAUCGUUGUGCGAUGAAUUAAUGGAAGAGAAUGAAUCGCUUAAAGCAGAUAUUAAAGAUUUGCAACAAGAAAUUGAAGAAAUGCAAGAUCAGUAUCGCGAAGAAGAAAUUGAAGAAUUUCGUGAACUUCAACGUGAAUUAGAGCAAAAUGCUAAAAAUUGUCGAAUUUUACAAUUUAAACUUCGUAAAUCAGAACGUACACGUGAAGAAAUCGAUGCCGAAAAGCAACACCUUGAGGCUAAAGUAAAAGAUUUGUUAGAGGCUUCAUCUGCAACUAGUGGCUUACAAGCAACUGGAAAACAAUUUGACACAAUACGCAUAAGGGAACUUGAAUCGGAGUUAAGAAUCGCUAAAGAAGUUUCUAUUAGAUUACAUAAUGAACUUGAAGCUGUAGAAGAUAAGCGAUAUAAAUUGGAGGACGAAGUAUUUUAUAUGAAAGAUAAAAUUCGAGAAUUGCAAACGCAAACUAAAUGGCGAGAAGCUCGAAAUCGAACAGAACUACAAGCUAAUAUUUUUUAG